AAACCUCUCCCAAACUUUUGGAAGUGUUUAUGGAAGCAGUGAUUUGGGAAAAAUGGAUUGUUGUUGGGUGUGCACGGAGUCUCCAAAGCCUGGGCGUUGACCAACAUUUUCAUUUUGUUCAAUAUUAUUCAUACAAGCUGCAUAGAAAUAUGGAGUUUUCCGAGUUUAUUUCAACAACAGAGCCGACGCAAUCAUUGGCCAGCAGCUUUCACGAGUGAGAGUCAAAACAAAUGCUUCAGGUACACUUGAUGGCGGAAAAGGUGACAAUAUGGUCUUUUUUAAUCAACCUCCAAGUGUCAGGCUUUUGUCUGAUAAGUCCAUCGUCAAACUGGUCCCCCAACGCUGCACAAAGUUUUGUAGAGAGGCAAAGCAUUGCUUGCUCCGAUAUUUCUUGUAACGGAACAUAUCCGGAUGCAUGCUGGUGCUCUACACCAUCCACAAGAACUUUGUCUAAGAAUGGACCACAAAUUGUUUCCAGGUACGUUGAAGCCAAACACAUUGGAAGGAACCCAACAGAACCUGGGCCACAUACACACUCUGAAGGGCCAGUUUCUUCUUCUGCUUCUCCUGACCCAUGGGCGCACUCCUUCUACACUUCUUUAAGCCGCAUGAAAGCCAUUUUGCAACUUAGAGAUCGCAGAAGCUCGCUCACAAGAUACAAUUCUGGCCACACUCUGCCUCAGCUUCAGAGUUUGCCUCCUCCAGCGGCCUUUAAGGUUAAGUUUCACAAGUGUGCGCAGGUGUUUGCUCAAUCUGACCCUCCACGGCUGAUUUUCUUCCUGCUCAUUCACAACCUGAGCCCAGUGGGUGGCACAAACCUCUCACAGGUGGCCAUUCGAGACUCCAUAAAUGGAUUAGUACCUCCAAAAACUGGAGGCAAGGUUGUGGAGAAAGGAUACCAAAUGUUUGCCAUUGAUUCUCUGUCUGCGGGAUCCCAAAUUGUUUUUAACUAUACAACUCUAAUAAGAAGUCAAAAAAGCGGAGUUUUGGACCUUCCAGCUUUUCUCACCUUCUCCAACUUAUCACAGAACGAUGUCAGCAUGUUUGGUCCAUUGAGAGCUAAUCUGACGCUUCGUGUUAAUUCCACAGAGAAGAUACAUCCAAACCACGGUGUGCACUUUGCUGGAUUUGUUGCUGGGUUUUUUGUUUCUUUUGCACUGCUUUUACUGGGCUUUCUGGCUGUGAACUUGAUUGGUCCGAGAACCAGACUGAAUCUUCUUCAGCAAAAGAAAAACAGGAGCAUUCCAGACCCUGAGUAUGCAGACUGCAACUUGACUGAGACUGUUAAAGAUGAGGCAACUUUCGAAGACAAAAUUGUUGAUAUCAUGGUGCUGGAGGAACCACAGAACAUGAACCAGGCACUUGAGAACCUUGAAAUGGCCACACUGUUGCACGCCACCAACAGCCUGGAGACUACUCGGAUUCAGAUCUACAAGGAUGUUCUCUCUGUCCUGCUGGGAAGACUGCGGUCUAAUGGCCAUGUCAGCAUCCAAGCCCAGCAAAGACUUCUCAGCGUGCUCCAUGGGCAGUUGCUGGGUAUGGAGGGCCGGCUGAAGGAGGAACGAGGUGCCCGCAUGGCUGUGCUUGCAGCCAAGUGUAACCAGGAGACCCGGGAGGAGAUGGAAGCAGAGCAUCGGAAGGAGGCUGCAGAGAAGGCCCACGCUGAGCUGAUGUGUCAACAUGCAGAUCAACAGGAGCUCCUCCAGUGUAGUGUCCUGCUGGAGAAACAACACAAACUGAGCCAGGCUAACCUUCAGCGCAUUUUAUUGGUCCGCCAUGAAGAGGCCUCAGCAAAAGUCCAGAGGCAAAUUAUUGAGUGGCGGCGUGUGGAGCUUCAUAAGAUCUUCUCUGAGGAGCUGGAGGAAGCCACAAAGAUGGGCGAGUUGGAGAAGACUGCUGCUAAUAAUCUUCAGCACAGUUACCUUCAGUGUCAGGAUCUGCUGGAGGAGACUCUGGAUGUCAUCCUUGCCAAUUGGCGUUAUGUGCUAGCUGAGCGUCACGCACAGAGGAAGUUCCUGUUACACAGCCUGCACAGCCUCAAUGGUCUCAUUUCUGACACAUUCUCUGGCACCUCCAGCAACUUAGACAGGAUGUUUACGCACAUCAGAAGAGGGAGCAUAGUGCCUGCUGAACAGUUGACUCACCUCAAGGAAAAAGCCCAAAAGGAUCUGGUGAUGGUGAGGCAGAGACUGGAUGAUGCUUUGAGCCAAGAGAGGAGAGCCAUGCGCUGUGGACUUGUAAAGAAGAGAAGGGAGCUUAUCUCUGACAUGCUUAGGGUCCACGUGCAGAGACAGAAAGACUUGUCUGGCCUUUCUAAGAAUCAGGACGGGAACAUAGAAGUCGCCGAACAUCUGUCCUGUUGGAAGGACCUGCUGACAACUCAUAGCUUGGAGCUUGCUGAGCUCAUCAAUAAUUUAGACGAGGAAGCUGCUGCUGACAUUCGCAAGGUAACGAUGCGAGUAAUUCAGAGCUCCAUGGCAGAUGUCAAAGCCAUUCAGCCCAAUGCAACACAGGCCCUGCUCGCAAUCCUGCCACCAAGCGUUCAACAUUCACUGCUGCAGGUAGAAUCAGAAUCAGGCCAAGGAGGGAGCGCACUCCUGCAGAGCCAAGAGAGGCUGCAACAGGAAGGCAAAGCAGCCUUACACACUCUUAGCACCACAAGAGAGAGGCUUAACAGAGCCAUGGAGAGGGAGCUGCAAGAACAGAAGGAGCUCAGGGCUCACUGUAGAGCUUUCUUCAGGUGUUUGUGCUCAUCUCAGCUGACUCUGUCUGAGGACGAGCGCCUGGGGAUUAAACUUGAGUUCCAGAAGCAUCUUUCUGUCAUGGACCGAUGCCUCAUGCUGCCUCAUGCUGUUUCCAGAACUAAAGUCCACACCCACCUCACACUUUGGAGGAAGGACAAUGAACAACAAAUGGUGAAUCCAAAUUUGGGCAAGAAAGCCAGUCUGAAAACACAAAACAUGUCCAACGUAGUUCACUUACAGAAGAAGCUUCAAGACCAGAUCCAACUGUUUGAGGAGGAGAGGGCAAGGGAGAUGGAUAAUGGUGUCAUAAACAAGGUUGAGGAGGAGAUGAGGGAGGAGAGAGAGGAAUAUUUACGUGCGCAGGCUGACAGUCUGGCAGUGCAGAUGGCUGCCGUUCACUACCGAAAAGCUGAGAGGAGGACCAAAGCCUUGGAGACGUCCAGAGCACUACUCACUCUGCAAAGCCUGCUCAUUCAUCACCUUCAGGAGACAAAAAGUCUGACGAAACAAGAAAUGGCAUCAAGUAUACAAAGGCACUUCCUGGGCCUUGAGGAAGCAGAAAAACGACUUCAGGAGGAAAAUAGAGAGCUGGACCAGCUGGAAAGUGUUCACUGGUCAACUCAAACCCACGCAGAGGACAGUGAUUCAGCAGAGGAAUAUGAUGAGGAGGAGCUGUUCAGUCUGCAACCGGAGAGCCGAAUGUCAACCAUCCUUGAGGAGGCUCUUAAUAAGUGUCAUCAAGUAACCACUGUAUUGGCUACGAGGUUGCAGCAGAUGUCAACGGACAUUCAGACGAUGGAAGAUCUAAGAGAACAAAUGGCACUCAAGAGGCUCUAUUCAAACUGCGACCAGGACCUCCUUUUUGCAUCACAACUAGCAAAACAGUGCCAGAUGUCUGUUGAGAUUCUCCUCGAACUUCUCCGUCUACUGCUCCCCACAAUGUCCGAGAGUGAACUUCUUUCCAUCACUGAUGCUCUCUGUCCCAAACAGCAUCUUUGUUCCUCGUCCACAGACCAGGAGCAUUUGGCGCCGAAUCUGCACCUUCCUGUCAAACUGAAGGAGGACCUUGUACACAGAAGUAUGCUGAACAUGCCAAAAGUGGAAAUGGAACGAUCGCACAGACUGCGGGAAAAGAGGCAAAGCCUAAUGGAAAGACUUCUUCCCACUUCUCGUCUGCCACUUGCGGUAAAAGGGAAGGAGGACAGCUUUACGAAGGAACCGCUGCCCGUGUAUAAAUCAGCCAUCAAUGAAAACACACAGCGGCACAUUGAGGCUCCCAAUCAAAGCGACAAGGAACGAGGCAAUGAAACACUGCACAGCUCAGCUGAAGACAUGAUUCCAACCUCUGCCAAUGUGGAAGUGAUCUGCCAGCCCACUGGUGAAAGGCUGCUUGUCUUUCGAGAUCCAUCUCAAUCCCACAUUAGUAGCAACUCUCCCAAGAGAAAAAGGAAAAGGAACUUCCUCAAUUUCAAGAAAGGCUGUGUGGCUCCAACACCCCAAACGUGACAUUUAAAUAUUCAUCAUAACAGUCAUUCAUCCAUUUUGUGUCCUCAACAGGGUCUUGACUAAAAGUUUUGGCACUGAAUUAAAUUUGUUUCUCUACCUAUGCUGCCAAAGCAAAGCAUAUUUAACAUGUUUGAAAAUAAUUAUAAAAAAGAAAACAAAACAUUGACUUACCGUAUUUUUCGGAUUGUAAAUUGCACAUUAGUAUAAGUCGCACCAGCCAAAGAUUCACAAUGAAGAGGGAAAAAAAACAUUAAUAAGUCACACUGGUGUAUUUAUAUUUUGGGUAGCAACUUUUUUAUUUAUCAGAAACCAAGAACAAAAUAAGUAAAAGUAAUAAUAGUAAAAUGGAGAACAACAGGCUAAAUAGGCAACUGUUAGCAUAGCAUAUUCAGUUUUUUGGAUAAAGAUAGGCUUAAUAAAUCUUGUGAAGUGUCUGUCUGGCUUGAAAAGCGCUCUAGAAAUAAAAUGUAUUAUUAUUAUUAAAUAACAGGCUGUCAGAGUGGGAAAAAUUACCAUACAUAACCAAAACUUUAUACAGUAUAUAUAUAUUUAUAGGGCUGUCAAACGAUUAAAAUUGUUAAUCGAGUUAAUUACAGCUUAAAAAUUAAUCGCAAUUCAAACCCAUCUAUAAAAUAUGCCAUAUUUUUCUGUAAAUUAUUGUUGGAAUGGAAAGAUAAGACACAAGACGGAUAUAUACAUUCAACACACUGUACAUAAGUACUGUAUUUGUUUAUUAUAACAAUAAAUCAACAAGAUGGCAUUAACAUUAUUAACAUUCUCUUAAAGCGAUCCAUGGAUAGAAAGACUUGUAGUUCUUAAAAGAUAAAUGUUAGUACAAGUUAUAGAAAUUUUAUAUCAAAACCUCUCUUAAUGUUUUUUAUUAAAAUUUGCAAAAUUUUCAAUCAAAAAAUUAACUAGUAGCUCGCCAUUGUUGAUGUCAAUAAUUACACCAUGCUCACUCAUAGUACUAACCCAUAAAAUCAGUUGGACCCAAACGCCAGCAGAGGGCGCCAAACACCAAAAAACAAGUAACAAGCGGACAUUACAGUGUACUGUCAUUUUAGUCUGAGCGGGGCAUAUGCGUUAAUUGCGUCAAAUAUUUUAACUAGGGCUGUCAAACGAUUAAAAUUUUUAAUUGAGUUAAUUACAGCUUAAAAAUUAAUUCAUCGUAAUUAAUCGCAAUUAAUCGCAAUUCAAACCAUCUAUAAAAUAUGCCAUAUUUUUCUGUAAAUUAUAUAUAUAUUCUGUAAAAUGAAUUGUUGGAAUGGAAAGAUAAGACACAAGAUGGAUAUAUACAUUCAACAUACGGUACAUAAGGACUGUAGUGGACAUUUCACUCUACUGUCAUUUAAAUCUGUCUAUGCUGUCCUCACUCCGAAGCGUCUACUUUUUCCAAAGCUAGACAGCUAGGGAACGACGCCAUAAUAAUCAGACUUCUUCCUUUUUCAUCUGACUUAUUAAUAAAAUGGCCUCAAACCAUUGUCCUCUUUAGACCGUCGUAAAACUACAAAAAAAAAGUACACAAGCGUUGCAUUAGCAACAACGUUAGCUUAGCACGCUAUACAGGUUCACUAAACAUAAACAAAAAGCGUCUCAUACACAAAAAAUAUAACAUUUCGCUUACUAACAUAAUAUGUACAUUAUUUACAACAACCAUACUUACGGACAAAUCUUGUCCAAGGAUCAUAUAAGCACAACAUUACAACGUAGGCGUCAGCCCGAGACGUCGUGCAGCCAUAUUGAACUGGCAAGACAACAAUAAACCAUGUCGCAAAGCGACCACAAGAGUUCGCUGUUAGACAGUACAAAAAGCCUUGCUGUAAAACUUACCAAAAGGCAGAAUACUGUCUGAGCGGGACAUGUGCGUUAAUUGCGUCAAAUAUUUUAACGUGAUUAAUUUAAAAAAUUAAUUACCGCGCGUUAACGCGAUAAUUUUGACAGCCCUACUUUUAACGUGAAUAAUUUAAAAAAUUGAUUACCGCCCGUUAACGCGCUAAUUUUGACAGCCCUAAUAUAUAAUAUGUAUAUAUAUAUAUAUAUAUACAUAUAUAUAUAAUCUCCAGCUUCAGCUCUCGAUUAUUUUAGCAGUCAAUCUAUCAAGUAGUUAGUUCAAAUAAUCGAGUAAUCGGAUUAGGAACAUUUAAAGCGUUGCAGAAUAAAUUUUGGAGACCUAAAGCUAAGGCUUGUUAAGAUUUCACCUUCAAAAGAGCAUUGAAUUCGAAUACAAAAUAAAAUUCCAAUGUGUUUCUUCAAACUGUGGAGGAUUGCUCUUUUAUUUAAAAGUAUAUUAAAACACCUGAACUUGGCCUCAAACUGUAAAAAAAUAAAAUAAAACAAUUAGGAUCUAAGUACAACAAACUUAUGUUGGUCUUAACAGGGAGCAGCUAGAUUCAGCCAGGUCAAAUGAGUUAUGUCAUCUUUACUGUUGCCACGAAAGGGCAGCGUAUCCACCCAAAUCAAUAAAUAUAAUGCAGACACUUUCAAAACAAACCAUGACGCUACUCUAAUUAAAUCCUCGAAACAGCAACAUUUGAAUCAAAGGUUUUUAAACGAAUUACUCGAGUUAAUCGUUGCGGCACUAUAUAAAUCGCACCUUGGUAUAAUUUGCAGGCCAAGCCAUACAAAUGUUCAACUUAUAGUGAAGAAAAUACGGUAAUAAAAAAUAAAUAUGUAUAAUUAGCACAUUGCUAAAAUAAGAAAUUAUCAUUUGUUUCUUUAGUUCCUAAGGUGGAAAAACGCUAUAUAAGUAUAAACCCAUUUACCAUUUAAAAUUUUUCUGCCUAAAUCAUCUCAUGUUUCUGGCCACCUCUGGUAAUACCGUCCACUAUUUUAUCCCAAUAAACUCUCUAAUUUCAAUGCUAAUUUUUAUGCUAAAUAUAAAGCCAAUUUCAACUAGAAUACAGUAAUGUGAAACAACACAUUUGUUAACAAAAGAUGUAAUUCUUGGCUUUGUCUUUUUGUAUACUAUGUACUAUUGCUGUCUGUAGCAUUCCAGAUUGUACAGUAUUUUAUACAGUGCCUUGCCUUGCCUUGCCUUGCCUUGCAAAACGUUGUGUGAUGAACAACAGAUGCGUGACACAUCCUCGAACAUUAUUAGUGACUCUACUUUCUAAAUCCUUGCAAAUACAUAGGAGAAAGACAAAAUUAUGGACAGCUAUGUAACGGACAGAUGCCAAAUGCUCUUGUUUAACCUUUGCGAGACUCUGCAUUUGAGGUUUUGUGGCAUGGGUGUGACACCUACAUAUGAUGUCUGCCUGUCUGUAUAUCCUCUUUCGUCUGCAUAUCCUCUUAAAAAAGAUCCCUAUAUGUCAGGAUAGUGUUUACAUGCCAGUCCAAGAUGUGGAUCUUUUUUCACCAAAUGAGUAUACGUUUUGAAAAUCUUUUUUUCUUUCUCAGUUUCCAGCAAUUUGGAAACUGGGUACCUUCACUGUCUCAAGUCUUAAGAAUUAGAAUUUAGUGGGUUUUCAUUUUCAUUAUCAAAUACAGCAUGCCAUCAUUUGCUCAAAUACAGAUCAUGUUGGGAAACUAUCAAAAUUCGGUAUGAUCCUAAAACUUGUCAGUUGCAAUGAUCUUUUGAUUAAAUGAUACUUUUUUUCUUCAAUUAUUAUUAUUACCGUAUUGGCCCGAAUAUAAGACGGUAUUUUUUGCAUUGAAAUAAGACUGAAAAAGCAGGGGCCGUCUUAUAUUCGCGGUCUAGAAAUUAUACCCAUUCACGACGCUAGAUGGCGCCAGAUAUCAUUGAAGCGAUGUUCUCUCAUGACAGAUCUCAGCUACUCUCAAGUUUAACCAGUUUGCAUCAUUUUAUUGGAAUGUUUUUCCUUAUUCAGAUUUGUUUCAAGACUAGUUACAGUUAGACUUCACUUUGAUGGUUAAUGCAGUUAUUGCAAUUUUGUUGUUUUAUCACAAUAUAUUGGUUUAUUUACAUUUUAAAAACCAGAAGCCAUUUAUUUACAAAUGUGAUUGCUCUUUAGUUUACAUAUUUAAAUGUUCAGAUAUUAACAUUUUAAUGAGGCAAAAUAACAUGCUUUUUCUCUCAAAUAUAUUGUUAUAAUCAUUUGUUUCAGAUGUACUGUAAUUAUUUUCUGUAUAA